CAUUGUGCACGGCUGCAUGCGCAGGGCACGUCGGCCACAUGGUAUAGUUUUACUGUUGCUUGUGUGUAGUGUUUUCUUCGUAUAGUCUGGAUGCGCAUGGCGCUGAUAGAGCGAACAGUCGUGUUUAUUGGUAGAACGGGUGCCGGAAAGUCGGCGUGUGCCAAUACUCUUGCUUCUGACGUUCUCUUUCUCGAGAGCGACCAGUCUGUAAGCGAGACGAAGUUUAUCGACACCCGCACGGUCGACGUCGAUGGAGCAAAAGGCCGGUAUCGCAUCAAAGUCGUUGACACAAUAGGAAUCGGAGACACAGAUCUGAAACACGAGGACGUACUCCGCCGUCUGGCUGUUGCUUGCUACGAAUGUCGGGAAGGAAUCAACGCUGUCUUCUUCGUCACCGGAGGAAGAUUUACUCAAGAAGAAGCAGACGCGUGAGACAUCAUUUGGAAGGUGCUCUUCAAUCCUAAAGUUAUCGAGCACACCACCAUCGUUCGCACAAGAUUUCCAAAGUUCAGAGAUUCCGACGCCAUAAAGAACGAUUGCGAUAAGUUGAGAAUUCAAAAAGGUGCGGGAAGCAGAAUAAUUGAACACGUCAAAAGGAUCAUCCACGUCGAUAAUCCACCUCAAGAAUAUCCAGGUUGGAUGGAAACGAGAGCAAAAUCACGAGACAUUUUAGUGAAUCAUCUCGCCGGUUGUGAAGCUGUUUGCAAACCUCCGGAGCUGGAUGAAGUCAACGAGCGCAUUGCCGAGCAAGUCGAGAAGAAACAAGCUUCAGACAGUAGAUUAGAGAAAUUGGAAAAGAAAUUAGCGAGGCACGUGAGCAGCUAGAAGAGACGAGAGUGCAGCUGCGCUUACAGCUUGCACAAGAAAAAGAGAGAUCGGCUGAGGCUGAACUACGACUAGAACAGGAGAUGAACGAUAUUCUUAUGAAGCGAGCAAGACAAAAGGAACAGAAACAAGAUACAGACAUAGUAGGGACAGUCGUGAAAGCUGCUGGAGAUUGGGUUGUAAACAGUAUUCGCAGUUGUAGUCUUAUGUGACGUUAAUUCUUGUUUAUGUAAUACGUGUACGUGGAGAUAGUGAUUUUAAAUAUGGUUUGUAUAAAAGACUACAUAACUAUUCGUUUUGUUGAAUUAGACCUUUUCACGGCUGCUGCAUGUGCCAUUUAAUUACAAUAACUACCUUACCUUUAAUGCUUCUUUCUGGUAUGUUCACAUCUACUUGGUCAUUGUAUUGGUCAAUGUAGUAGA